AUGUUCUCGAUCACAAAUGGACAUGAUUCAACUACAACAACAAUGAACACAAUUCAAAGUUGUUACUCGAGAGAGAAGAUGCUAAUUCUCAACACGUCUCCCAUCUGUUACCUUCGUCCCCCAUACUUCCAUACCGUCGUUCGUGAGCUCCCAGAGCUGAUUCGUUUGGCUCCAUCACCCGAUGAAAUUGUUACUACCGUACUCACCGAAUCUACACAAUGA